CGCGGUAGUGGGAUUGUGGUUGUGAGGCAGCAGUCGGAGUGGUUUGGGACACGCACGAAGCAAAGAUGGCGGCGGAGCGACAAGACGCGCUGAGGGAGUUCGUGGCGGUGACUGGCGCCGAGGAGGACCGGGCCCGCUUCUUCCUCGAGUCAGCCGGCUGGGACCUUCAGAUCGCACUAGCGAGCUUUUAUGAAGAUGGAGGGGAUGAAGACAUUGUGACUAUUUCGCAGGCCACCCCCAGUUCAGUGUCCAGAGGCACAGCCCCCAGUGAUAAUAGAGUGACAUCCUUCAGAGACCUCAUUCAUGACCAAGAUGAGGAUGACGAGGAGGAAGAGGGCCAAAGGAGCAGGUUUUAUGCCGGGGGCUCAGAGAGAAGUGGACAACAGAUUGUCGGUCCUCCCAGGAAGAAAAGUCCCAACGAGCUGGUGGAUGAUCUCUUUAAAGGUGCUAAAGAGCACGGAGCCGUAGCUGUGGAGAGAGUGACCAAGAGUCCUGGAGAGACCAGUAAACCAAGACCCUUUGCAGGAGGUGGCUACCGUCUUGGGGCAGCACCAGAGGAAGAGUCUGCUUAUGUGGCAGGAGAAAGAAGGCAGCAUUCCAGCCAAGAUGUUCAUGUUGUUCUGAAGCUUUGGAAAAGUGGAUUCAGCCUGGACAAUGGCGAGCUCAGAAGCUACCAAGACCCAUCCAAUGCCCAAUUUCUAGAGUCUAUCCGCAGAGGGGAGGUGCCGGCAGAGCUGAGGAGGUUAGCUCACGGUGGGCAAGUGAACUUGGAUAUGGAAGACCAUCGGGAUGAGGACUUUGUUAAGCCCAAAGGAUCUUUCAAAGCCUUCACUGGUGAAGGCCAGAAACUUGGCAGCACGGCCCCCCAGAUAUUGAGUACCAGCUCUCCAGCCCAGCAAGCAGAAAAUGAAGCCAAAGCCAGCUCUUCUGUUUUAAUCAAUGAGUCAGAACCUACUACCAACAUCCAAAUACGACUUGCCGAUGGCGGGAGGCUGGUACAGAAAUUCAACCACAACCACAGGAUCAGCGACAUCCGACUCUUCAUCGUGGAUGCCCGGCCAGCCAUGGCUGCCACCAGCUUUGUCCUCAUGACUACCUUUCCGAACAAAAGGGCCAUGUUCCUGCCCACCAAUAGUACCUUGCAGAGCCAGAAACUUAAAGACCUGGAGCUCAUUGAAGGGAAGCAGCUGGUACAUAAAUGCAGUGUCAAAGGAACUACUGCCUCAGGACCCUCUCAUGGGCCCAAAUAA